AUGGCUUUGUCACUUCAUCACACACUGAACAUGGUGUAUGGUAGAAUUUUAUUUGUGAGCAGAUCAAGAAAGCUAACAAACAAAUUCAUCACUUUACUUGUGUUGAUCUCUGGUAAGCUUCUCACUGCGAAAUAUUUUAAAGGAUACUUGCUUAACCGAAUAACUGAAAUGGCGUUGUCGCCAGACAGGAUCAGUCUGAUGCUGGAAUGCAAGAUUUGCUUAGAUACUUACAAUACGCCUAAACAUCUUAACUGUGGACACACGUACUGUCACGGCUGUUUAGACGACAUUUUGUCAUUUAAUGAAGAUGGAAGUGCUGAACUAAAUUGCCCACUUAGAUGUUCAAACAAAACAAUAAUAAAUGAACACGAAACGACAUCAUACUUACCUACUUCUUAUUGUCUUGCUGACAUUUUAAAUAAUGUAGAAGAAAAUGGAAAAGGCAAUGCCCUAUGCAGACAAACUGAGAAUUGCAAACAGCCUGUUCGUUACUUCUGCAGAAUUUGUGCUGCGAAGAUCUGUGAGAAAUGCCAAAAAAUACAUUCUUGUGAAAACAAAUCAUUCGUUACUGUUAGUUUUAACGAAAAGUUACAAGAAAUUCAUCCCUUAUGCAGUCAACAUAACUCCCUGGCUAAGCAAGUGUGCAUCGAAUGUGAUAGUCAGUUUGUGUGUGUGUAUUGCGUCCACAGGGAACACAAAGGUCACAACACCAAAAGCAUAACUGAAUAUGGCAUUGAAUUAAACAAGCAUUUUCAAACAUUUGAAGAUACAAUAGUUGAAUUAGAAAAAUUAUCAGAAAUAUAUCAUAAAACUUUGAUGAAGCUCGAAUGUGAGAGAAAGGUAUUUGUUCAAGAACUGGAAAUGAGAAAACUGAAAUGCAUAGAAAGAUAUCUUAGCAUUUUAAAUGAAGAAGAAAAGAAUAUGUUGAAGGAUUUUGAUGAAAAAUCAGAAAAAUUCAAAGCCGAGAUAAUGCGUGUUGGCUGCAUAGAUAGGACUAAAAUGAAAGAAUUUACAGAUGAAAUAAAGGCUUUUAAAUUAAAGUCCAAUUUCGAACUGAUUGCUGAAAAGGUGGAAGUUGAAAGAAAACUACGAAAUCUUUCUUCCUUACCGCCCAGUAUUGCAACAUUUAAUUCACACCUCCAACAACUAAAUAUGGAGAAGUUAUCAAGAAACCCACUAGGGAAAUUAAAAAUUUCCAUUGAUGAAGUUAAGUCACCUACUGUCAUUUCGGGCGCAUCGUCUCCUUGUAAAAAUCUGAUUGAAGGAUCUGAAAAAUGUUUCGACUUCUCACGACUAGCAAUUGAUUUAUUGCGUAUUAUGGAAAGUUUACAAGACGAGAUCCCUCUCAACACAGAAAAGGGUUACCAUCCUUGUGAUACGACUGCUGCCACGACUGUAAGGACUUUAGAAAAUGAACGAUGGUAUUUUGGUUGUAUCACUCGGGAAGAAAGUAUUCGCUAUCUUAAACAUCCCGAAAACAAAUCUGGGGCUUUCUUAAUUCGCAAAAGUGAAAAUCCAUCCAACGGUCAAUUGUACGUAUUAUCCAUGUUGAAAGGGGACUUUGUGUCCCAUUUUAGUAUAAAAAGAAAGUUCGUCCUUUCAAAAAUGCAGGAAUGCAAUUCGUUAAACGAACUGCUACAUCAUUGCAAGCGUGACUGGCCCCUAGGAGAGCCAUGCAUAAAAGAUCUAAAGUCACCAUGAAAAUGGUAAAUUCCGUUGUCAGUAUUUUAUGGAUGGAUCAUCAUUAAAUUUAGCGACUGUACUAGAAUUUUCAAAUUUCAAGCAAAACAAUUAUUUGUGAUGAUGAUGUAUUGGAAGUAUUAAAAGAUUGUAUCAAUGACCAUCUUCGACAAAAAGAAACCAACGUGACACAGAUGGUAUUGUAGAUAUUAAAAAUAUAGGCAUUGGAAAUCCUUAUAUAGUGCAUCGUUGUAUCUUCAUGGUGCAUAUCUCUUAUAGUAAAGUGUAAAUAUACGAAACAUUUUAUAUUAAAACUGAUUCCUAUGA